CCGCUCUGCAUCGACAAUCGGCUACUUUUCCCUGGCUGUGCAUUCCGGUUGAUGCUGUUUUGUUGUGUAGCUAUCCAAAAAACAUCAAAUCAUGCCCGGUGCGACAGCCGUCGAAAUAAUGUCUUUCCCGUGAAUAAAGGGGCUCAAAGUCGUCUUUUUUUUAAACGUGUGUGUGCAGCCUGAUAACGUGGCCCUCCGUGGGAGUGUUUUUAUUGUAAACGGGGCUCUGUGAAGUCUUGUUGUGCUGAGCCGAGGCCUUGUCGCAAAGUCUCAAAUAACCAGUCCGGGAUUUCAUGUUGGAGUCGUCUGGCUUUUGGGUUCAGUUUUGGUGUUUUCCAGUCGGAAGAUGGACACUGAUAAAUUCAACUAUGCUUACAGCUGUGACCUGGACAUCAACGUUCAACUUAAGAUAGGCAGUUUAGAAGGAAAGCGAGAGCAGAGGAGCUACAAAGCCCUGCUGGAGGACCCCAUGCUGCGCUUCUCCGGUCUGUACCAGGAGAACUGCUCGGACCUCUACGUUACCUGUCAGGUGUUUGCUGAAGGAAAACCUCUCGCUCUGCCGGUUCGCACUUCCUACAAAGCUUUCAGCACUCGUUGGAACUGGAACGAGUGGCUGCGGCUGCCUGUCAAGUACCCCGACCUCCCUCAGAGUGCUCAGGUCGCUCUCACAGUGUGGGACAUCUACGGACCGGGCAAAGCUGUCCCAGUCGGAGGAACCACUGUUACCCUGUUUGGCAAAUAUGGUAUGUUCCGUCAAGGCAUGCAUGACCUGAAGGUUUGGCCGGGUGUGGAGGGGGACGGAGCAGAGCCCACCACCACACCAGGACGCACCAGCAGCAGUCUGACAGAGGACCAGAUGGGAAGACUGGCCAAGCUGACAAAAGCCCAUCGACAGGGCCACAUGGUGAAGGUCGACUGGCUGGACCGUCUGACCUUCAGAGAGAUUGAGAUGAUCAACGAGAGUGAGAAACGCAGCUCUAACUUCAUGUACCUCAUGGUGGAGUUUCCCCGGGUCAAAACGAACGACAAAGAGUACAGCAUCGUCUACUACGAGAAGGAUGGAGACGACGCCUCACCCGGCCUCACCAGCUGUGACAUCGUCAAAGUCCCUGAUCCACAGAUGGGGAUGGAGAAUCUGGUUGAGAGUAAGCAUCACAAACUGGCUCGUAGCCUCCGCAGCGGACCCUCAGAUCACGACCUGAAGCCCAACGCGGCCACACGGGACCAGCUUAAUAUCAUCGUGAGCUACCCUCCAACCAAGCAGCUGAGCUCUGAGGAGCAGGACCUGGUGUGGAAGUUCAGAUACUACCUCACCACACAGGAAAAGGCUCUGACUAAGUUCCUCAAGUGUGUGAACUGGGAUCUGCCGCAGGAGGCCAAGCAGGCUCUGGAGCUGCUGGGGAAGUGGAGGCCGAUGGAUGUGGAGGACUCACUGGAGCUGCUGUCCUCCCAGUUCACCAACCCCACGGUCAGACGCUACGCCGUCGCACGCCUGCAGCAAGCCGAUGACGAGGACCUGCUCAUGUAUCUCCUCCAGCUGGUCCAGGCGCUCAAGUACGAGAACUUCAGCGAUAUUCAGGGAGGCCUGGAGCCCGGCAGCAAGAGAGACGGCCAGGGGCUUUCAGAUGACUCGGCACUGGACAGUUCUCAGGUUGUGUCUGGUACAACCGGACCUUCAAACGUCGCGCAGAAAGGCAAAGAAGCAGCCGACAGCGAGAAUAUGGAGCAGGACUUGUGCACUUUUCUCAUCUCCAGAGCGUGCAAGAACUCCACACUUGCCAACUAUUUGUAUUGGUAUGUGAUUGUGGAGUGUGAGGACCAGGACACCCAGCUGAGAGACCCAAAGACCCACGAGAUGUACCUGAACGUCAUGAGGAGGUUCAGCCAGGCUUUACUCAAGGGCGAUAAGAGUGUGCGGGUGAUGCGGUCGCUGUUAGCCGCCCAGCAGACGUUUGUAGACCGACUGGUGCAGCUGAUGAAAGCUGUGCAGAGGGAGAGCGGGAAUCGGAAGAAAAAGACGGAGCGGCUGCAGUCUCUGCUCGCCGAUAACGAGAAGGUGAAUCUCUCAGAGAUCGAGCCGAUCCCUCUCCCUCUGGAGCCUCAGAUACGGAUCAGAGGCAUCGUCCCGGAGACGGCCACUCUCUUCAAGAGUGCUCUGAUGCCAGCCAAACUCCUCUUCAAAGCUGAGGACGGAGCCAUGUACCCGGUCAUCUUCAAACACGGCGAUGACCUGAGACAGGAUCAGCUCAUCCUGCAGAUCAUCUCGCUCAUGGACAAACUGUUAAGGAAAGAGAAUCUGGACCUGAAGUUGACGCCUUACAAAGUAUUAGCCACCAGCACCAAGCACGGUUUUAUGCAGUUUGUUCAGUCUGUUCCUGUUGCUGAAGUUCUCGCUACUGAGGGCAACAUCCAGAGCUUCUUCAGGAAGCAUGCACCGAGUGAAAAAGGACCGUAUGGCAUCAGCUCUGAGGUGAUGGACACCUACGUCAAGAGCUGCGCCGGUUACUGCGUCAUCACAUACAUCCUCGGAGUAGGUGAUCGACACUUGGACAAUCUGUUGCUGACAAAGACCGGAAAGCUCUUCCACAUCGACUUCGGCUACAUCCUGGGUCGAGACCCCAAACCGCUGCCUCCACCGAUGAAGCUGAGCAAAGAGAUGGUGGAGGGGAUGGGAGGCAUGCAGAGCGAACAGUACCAGGAGUUCAGGAAGCAGUGCUACACCGCCUUCCUCCACUUAAGGAGAUACUCCAACCUCAUCCUGAAUCUGUUCUCUCUCAUGGUGGAUGCCAAUAUUCCUGACAUCGCUCUGGAGCCUGACAAGACAGUGAAGAAGGUGCAGGAUAAGUUCAGAUUGGACCUUUCAGACGAGGAGGCCGUCCAUUACAUGCAAAGUCUGAUUGAUGAGAGUGUCGGCGCUCUGUUUGCUGCUGUUGUUGAGCAGAUACACAAGUUUGCUCAGUAUUGGCGCAGAUGAGCAAAGAGUGCUGAGACGAGCCUGAAUUGGAGGAUGUUCUGCAGCAGGAGCACAUGAUCGUACAGCUCCGACCCGACUGACGCCAUGAGCGUAUAAUGUGAGAAAGACGAAAGAAACCCAAUGACACUGUUAAAGAGGCCAAGAAUGCACUGCCAACCUUUACUGCAAGAUGGCUGAACAAGGACACGGAUGUCUUUGUUUGCUUAUGUAUAUAUGAUGUAUAUUAAUUAUUGAAUGAAUGAAUGAAAUGUAUGGCCAAAUAAAACACUGUUGAUACAAGUGAA